GUGCUUCGUAUGGCUGCUCAGCUCCCGAGCAUGACUCCCAUGCCAGAGUGUCUUCGUUCAUUCAUGUCUGGAACAUCCACUCAACCACACUCCAGUGUCUUUGUUCCCACAACAAAUCCUUCAAGGACAUGUGGCCAGCUGGGCUGCUACUUUGGACAAAGUGUUGAAGUCGGCUUAGGCCACAGGAAGUCUGAUGCUGCGUCCAAACUGAAGCUCCUGAGUUCAGGUGGAUGGCUGGGCAGACAGACAGCAGCUGUGAAAGUCCAGUUCACCUUGUUCAGUCCUGCACUCAACUUAUUUACCGGUGUGACGAUGCUGGCUGAGCAGAGCCCGACAGGUGUCCUCCUGCCCUCUGCCAAAGUCCAGUCAGUUAGGGUGUAUCACACCCCUGCUGUGUGGGACUAUGUCACUAUGGUGUGCCAGCUCCUCUUCCUUCUCUUGUCUCUGCUGCAACUCUGGGAUCAGGUGUACUCUGUAGGGCAGGAAGGGCUGUUUGGAUACUCGAGGAGGCCCUGCAGCUGGCUAGAAGUCAGUUUGCUGAUAGUAACCCUUGUGUAUUACUCUUAUUACAUCUAUCACUCUGCAAUUGUCUUGGACAUAGUGGAGCUGCUGCAGAGACACAACCACAGAAGACAUGUUGAUGUCGUACUUCUGGCAACCUGUGAACAACAUAUCCGCAUUCUGGGCGGAGUUCUGCUCUUCCUCCUCACCGUGAAGUGUGCGACUGUGUUGAGGGUGAUCAGGACGUUUGCCACCUCUGCUGCACUCCUCACUCGCACGCUUUACAGACUUUUAUGGCCAAUGAUUACAGGUCUUAUCCUGAUGGUGGCGCUGUCCUGCGUGGGGAAUCUCCUACUUGUGAAAAGCUCCUGGGCCUUCAGUUUACCUUCCCGCUCACCUCAGACACGCCUCAGUCAUUACUGGAGUCACAGGGCCUUAAAGUGCCCCCUCCUUUCUGAGCGUGAUCUCCUUUACCGAGGAGCUCUCUAUCUGUCCUCCAUUGUGUGGACAGCAGGGACUCUAGGUGUUGUGUCAUCAGUGUUCAGAAGUGCCAAAGCAUCUCGAACCAGGGGGAAUGUCUUCACUGUGACAGAAUUAACCGAUUACAUCAGACAGAGAGUCUCUGAGUUUACAGGGCAUGCACGAAGACAAUCAUUGACUGAAAAUCAAGUGGAAAGGAGGACUUAUCACCUUGAGGAGUUUGAAGGCUUAGUGGAUGAACUUUUGUUUAAACUCAACGUCCUCUCAAACAGUCUGCACCUCACGCUGCCCCCCAAAGCCCAUCACUACAGGGAGGAGGACAGUCCUCACACCUCACCAAUACAGGAGCCUCCUGACUUAGAUGCACAGGACUCUGUGAGACCACUACCAUCAGAAGAGACCAUGUCUAAUGAUCACACAGAUGUUAGUGGCCACGUGGAAACCCUUUCUCCAUCUUACUUGCUCAGGUCCAGACUUGAACCGGAGAUACUGACACUCCAGCAACAGAGAAACCAACGGGGAGACGAUUGCUUCUCCAACACUGCUUUUGCAUCACAUAAUUCACAGCAACCUGAUACAAUAACAGAAGAAAAUCCAAAAGACAGAGAGCUUGAGACUUAUUUCAAUGUUCAAAAUUGCGUCUCCCCUCCAGGGUCAGCAUCACUGAUUACAGUUUGUUCAGAUGAUGAUCCUGAGAAGGAAGUUGACCAGACGACCAGAAGAGAUUACAGCUGCUGGUUGAGUAUAACUCAGGCCACUCAUACCGAGGUGGUGUUGGAGGUUCUUGUACAUGAGGCACCUGAGAGUCUACCGUCAUAUAAACAGUAGGGUCCUGCUGCAGGUAACAUUAUCAUAUAUAAUGAUACUAUUUGCUAUGCGCUUGGGAUUUCACUGCAUCUCCUUAACUAGCAAAUAAUGUAAUCUGGAUCAAAUAAACAUAUGAAAUAAGCCGUCCCAUUCUGGUAGGUACUCAAAAAAACCGUUCAAUUAAAUUUAGUAACUACCUGUGGCUUUUUUUUUUUUUAUUACUUUUUAAGAAUCCUUUACUUUCUAUUAUUGCAACCUGUCAUUUAAAUUUGAUUGUAAUA